AUGGAGGUUGCCUCUUCCGAGGUCCCUGACGGUGUUCCCACCGCCAUCUCCCAGGGGCCCUUGGUUGAUGCAGACGCUGUUGUGCAAUAUUUGGUGGAUGUACUGCGGGUUACUCUAGGAGCGCUGAGAAGCGAACUUGAAAACACCGGCAGCCUUCUAUCAAAGCCCAAAUACAGUGAAACUGCACAAAGAUGUGUACGGUUUGCGUCGGAGUCGCAAGUUGCGCUGUAUGUGCAGAAGGAUAUUGUGGCAUCCGAGAAUACGAAUGGAACUGCGGAUGGUGAGGAACCUCCGACGCAGUAUGUGUAUAACCUCUCCACCGAACUGUCGUCUUCGUCCACGACUGUCUCAUCGGUGGCUUUCGUAAAGCGGCCGACUGCUAUCGAUCCUUCGCUCCCUAUAUCGUCACAAAUCCAGGUUAUGAAUUUGCCUGGUCCUGUAAUCCUCAACAACGCACAAGCGCAACAAGGAACGUCGCAGUCGCCCUACGAGUUUUUACAUUUGAUGGUGCAUCAUGCUCUUAGCCCAUAUUUUGAAGCCAACACACGCGAACAGGAGGGUGCUACGAAAUCAAAGACCGAUGCGGAGGGUAAAACCGGAGUUCCGGGUACUAAGAAGAAAUUCGCGGAACUGGAACUAGGACUUUUGCAUCUGCAGCAGAACAUUGAGAUCCCCGCCCUGAAUUUGCCUCUGCAUGAAGUUGUUCAGGCCGCCCUUGUCGAUGCGGAAGCGCGAGGUGUCAAGCCUUCUGUUGAGCUUAUUGACGCUACGCUACUUGAGAGCAGCGCGUUCAUCAACAGCAUCCAGAAUAAUGUGAACGCUUGGAUCAAAUCUAUUCAGACCAUUACGAAGAUGUCUCGCGAUGCGGAUAGUGGGUCAGCUGCGCAGGAAAUCAACUUCUGGCUAUCCAUGGAAUCAGCUCUUGAGGGUAUCGAAAAGCAACUGCAAGGUGAGGGAGUUGUGCUGACUUUGGAUAUCCUACGCCAGGCGAAGCGGUACCAGGCCACCCUCAGUUUCAAUGCCGAUACUGGGCUGCGCGAGGCGACGGACCUAGUUCAGAAAUAUAACCAACUGAUGCGAGACUUCCCUCUCGAUGAACUCCUCUCUGCGACCUCAUUGCAGAAGGUCCGUGAAUCUAUUACACUCAUUUUCAACCAUCUCAACAAGAAGAUGAAGAUCUGCCCGUACCCCAUCAAGCGUGCCCUUGCGCUCGUGGAGGCCAUCUCAGGCGACCUUGAUUCCCAAAUACAUUCCUUACUUAACGGCAGGACCAUUCUGCACCUCGACUACCGUGAAUUCCGCACCCUUAUGAAGACUGCUAGUGCUAUCUGGAGGACCUGGGACGACAACCUCAAGGAAUUCACGAACGUUGCUCGCGAAUCCACCAGGCGUCGAAACGAGAAGUUCAUCCCGAUUAAAAUCAACUCGCGCCAUGAGAAGACGCAAGAGCGACUGAAAUACAUGAACACGUUCCGUGUUAACCACGAGCAACUUCAACGAACCAUCGCUAACGUUCUUGGUCCCAAAAGCUCUUCUGCUGGAGACUCUGCAGCUGGCGCAGGAUCCGAUGGAGCAGUAAUUGUUGAGGAGAUCGGCGACGUUGACGCCGUCGACGAAGUCGCACAAGCCUACGCUGCUCUUAAGAGUGUGGAUGUGCUAGAUGUCUCACCACAAGGGACACAAAACUGGAUCAAGGAGGAGAUUGCAUAUAACGAACGAACUUCUCGGGUCGAAAAUUCAAUUAUUGCUCGCCUGCGUGAUCGUCUUGCCACUGCAAAGAACGCCAACGAGAUGUUCCGCGUAUUUUCCAAAUUCAAUGCGCUUCUUGUGCGCCCUAAGAUCAGAGGUGCUAUUGGCGAAUACCAGACACAACUCAUCGAGAACGUGAAACAAGACAUAUCAGCGUUGCAUGAGCGAUUCAAGCAGCAAUACGGGCACUCAGAAGCCCACGCAAUGGCCCAGCUUCGCGAUCUCCCCCCGGUUUCUGGUGCGAUCGUUUGGGCACGCCAGAUCGAGCGUCAGCUGGACGGGUAUAUGCGGAAGGUCGAAGAUGUUCUAGGAGAAGACUGGCACCUGCAUUCCGAGGGCCAGAAGCUUCAGGCCGAGGGUAAUUUGUUCAGGAAGAAGCUAGAUACUCGCCCCGUUUUUGAGACAUGGUUGCAUGAUGUACAGCGGCGACGAAUCACUAUUUCCGGACGGUUGUUCAAUAUUAUCCGCAACCGAGCUGCAGGAAACACUUUGGAUCUCGCGGUGAACUUUGAUGCUCAAAUUAUUGCUCUUUUCAAAGAAGUGCGGAACCUGCUCUGGCUCAACUUCCAGGUUCCCCAUGCAGUCAGCAACAUUUCCAAGGAAGCCAAGCGUGUGUACCCAUACGCCAUUAGUUUGAUGGAGAGUGUUCGCACAUUGCUUCAGACCAACCGCUCCAUAUUGUCAAUGACUGAUGUCGCAAUGUUGCUUAAUGGAUAUGUGAACGAGGCCCAGAGCAUGAUCGUAAGGGGCAUCCCGCUCCGAUGGGAGUCCUUCGUGCACUCAUACGAACUGCACGUGAAACACGCUGCUCUAGCAAACGGUGCCCUUGAUUCAGUUAUGCCCAGCAGGGGUGAGAGCAAGCACGUUCAGUUCGUGCGAGAGUUCGCCGCCUCAGCGUCCGUCCUCCAACAUAAGACCGCAGUUUUGGCUGCUAUCAAUGAUACUAUCCAAAAGGCAACCCACGAGCUCAAGACUUGUCCGUAUGAGUUUUCUGCAUUUAAGCAGCGCUUGAAUGUCAUCCAAAGUGCGGUGGACAAGCUGAACCUCGAAAACUACGUCAAUCUCGGGUACUGGGUGCACAACCUGAACCAGAAGAUUGAGGCCAUCCUCCAAGAGCGUCUACACAAAGCCAUCCGCGAGUGGAUAAACUCUUUCCAAGAAUCACAGAAUGGCCAGCAGCCUUCGCAAGUAAUUCACGCCGCAGGUGAAUCAGAAGUCUCGGCGUACAGCAUUGAGUUUCCCGCCCUUACUCAUGAGAUAUCCAUGCGUAAUCAGGUGCUCCAUCUUGACCCACCUCUCCAAUAUGCUCGGGCAACGUGGUUUUCACAUUUUGAUAACUGGCUCGGUGUCGUUUGCAACCUUGAGAAGAUCAAGUCAUCCCGCUACCAGAUUUCCGUUGAGGUGCAGAAGGUGCAACUCUCGGAGGCCUGCUUUGCCGAUCUCCCACAGUAUUGUUCCGAGGAAUUGAACCUCGUUUACAGCACUGUCGAAGUCAGACUCAAGGAAGUGUCCCAGUACGUCGAUAAGUGGCUGCAAUUCCAGUCGCUUUGGGAUUUGCAGUCUGAACAAGUUUAUGACAUUUUGGGUGACGACUUGUCUCAAUGGCUUCAGCUUCUCCAAGAAAUCCGCAAAAGCCGGGCCACUUUCGACACAUCGGAAGUUAGUCGGUCAUUUGGUAACAUUAAGAUUGAUUACGAGCAAGUCCAAACCCGAGUCAAUGCGAAGUACGACCAGUGGCAACACGAAAUUUUGCUGAAGUUUGGAUCUAAACUUGGAAACCGCAUGCGAGAAGUACACUCUGAGAUUGCCACCGCUCGACACAACUUGGAAGGGCAAACCUUAGAGGCUGCUUCUACCGCCCAUGCAGUCUCCUUCAUCACUAUUGUGCAGCAGUGCAAGCGCAAGGCUAAGGUGUGGGAGCCCGAAGUCGAUAUUUUCCGACAAGGUCAGGCUACUCUUGUCCGCCAACGCUACCAAUUCCCUAGUGAUUGGCUUCACGUGGAGAACGUUGAUGGUGAAUGGGCUGCUCUCAACGAAUUGCUUAGCCGGAAGGGCCAAAUUGUUGCGGACCAGACCGAAGGUCUACGAGCAAAGAUUUCGGCGGAGGAUAAGGUCAUUAACGACAAGAUUGCUGAGGCCAUUGCACAGUGGAAUGAAGAGAAACCUGUAUCUGGCACCAUCCCCCCAGAGGAGGCCUCCCGGUCUCUUAGCUCGUUCCAGUCACGUCUCGAAUCUCUCCAGUCUGAGUUUGAGAUGGUAUCCAAGGCUAAGGAAGCUCUUGACCUGCCAACGAGUGCAGAAUCGUCAUUACCCGCAAUCCUGGAAGAGGUCCAGGAUUUCAUGUCCGUUUGGGCGGCUCUGUCUACUAUUUGGAAGAGCCUUAACGACCUCCGAGACGCGCUUUGGACAAGUAUUCAGCCAAGAAAGCUUCGCCAGUCUAUUGACGGCCUUAUCAAGAUGACCAAGGAAAUGCCCAGUCGGAUGCGGCAGUAUGCCGCCUUCGAGCACAUUCAGAACGUUCUACGGCAGCUUUUGAAGGUUAACCCUCUGCUGUCGGACAUGAAAUCGGAAGCUGUACGUGAGCGACACUGGCUGAAGAUUUACAAGGCUCUCAAACCAGGAAAGAGAUUUUCUCUCGUGUCUCUGACACUAGGCGAUGUAUGGGACCUCCAACUUGCGACUAGCGAGACGGUGAUUCGAAACAUCAUUGCUCAAGCUCAGGGAGAAAUGGCUCUCGAGGAGUUCUUGAAGUCUGUCCGCGAGACCUGGCAGAACUAUUCACUUGACCUGGUUAACUACCAGAACAAGUGCCGACUUAUUCGCGGCUUCGAUGACCUUUUCGCUAAGUGCAGUGAGAACUUGAACUCCCUGCAAGCCAUGAGGCAUUCUCCCUAUUACAAAGAAUUCGAAGAAGAGGCUUCCUCAUGGGAGGACAAACUGAACCGAGUUCAUGUCCUGUUCGACGUGUGGAUUGACGUCCAGCGUCAAUGGGUUUAUCUUGAGGGUGUCUUUACCGGCAAUGCUGACAUUAAGCACCUAUUGCCUCUGGAGUCGAGCCGAUUCCAGAAUAUCAAUUCAGAGUUUUUCGCCGUGAUGAAGAAGGUGUACAAGUCGCCAUUUGUUCUCGAUGUCCUUGCCAUCAAUGGAGUUCAGAAAUCCCUUGAAAGACUCGCUGAGUUGCUGAACAAGAUCCAGAAAGCUCUUGGUGAAUACCUGGAACGAGAGAGAGUUUCCUUCCCCCGUUUUUACUUCGUGGGUGAUGAGGAUCUUCUGGAGAUCAUUGGAAAUAGUAACGACAUUUUCAGAGUCGCGAAACAUUUCAAGAAGAUGUUCGCCGGUCUAUCGGGUGUUCUGAUGGACGAUGACAGCAACAUUGUUGGGUUCACGUCAAAGGAGGGAGAAGAGGUUAGGCUGAAGAAAGAAGUCAACCUUGUCAAGACGCCUAGGAUCAAUGACUGGUUGACUGCCCUUGAGAGCAACAUGAAAACAACCCUUGCCGAGCUCCUGGCGGAAGCGGUUGAACAAUUCGAACCUCUUUACAACUCGUCCGAGGUUGACCGUACCGCCUUUGACGACUUCAUUGCCAAUUAUCCUGCCCAGAUCGUUGUCCUUGCCAGCCAAGUUGUAUGGACACAAGAGGUCCAGAAGUCGUUGGAGAACGGGGGCACAAACCUUCCGGCGCUCUUUGACGCCCAGGUCAGAGUACUCGAACUCCUUGCAGUGACUGUUCUUGGAGACUUGGACCACAUCAGCAGAAAAAAAUGCGAGCACCUCAUUACCGAGUUUGUCCAUCAGCGCGAUACCAUUUCCAAGCUCAUUACCUCAAAUGCCACGAGCCCAACACACUACCUCUGGCUGCUUCAAAUGCGCUAUGUUUACCAGAGCGAAGGCGACUUCCUGCAACGAUUGCACGUCCAUAUGGCGAACUCCAAAUUGAAUUACGGAUUUGAGUACCUUGGUGUUCCCGAACGCCUUGUGCGCACUCCUCUUACGGAUCGCUGUUUCCUCACUCUUACUCAGGCACUAUGCCAAAGACUCGGUGGCUCUCCAUAUGGACCUGCAGGUACAGGUAAAACCGAGUCCGUCAAGGCCCUGGGUCUCCAACUCGGUCGUUUCACCCUUGUUUUCUGCUGUGACGACACGUUCGAUUUCCAAGCAAUGGGCCGUAUUUUCCUCGGUAUCUGUCAAGUUGGCGCUUGGGGAUGUUUCGAUGAGUUCAACCGUCUUGAGGAGCGAAUUUUGUCGGCUGUGUCACAACAAAUCCAGAACAUCCAAAUUGGUCUCAGAAUUGGCGAGACCGAUGACAAGUCUCAGAUCGAUUUAGUUGGCAGACGACUGAGUGUUAACCUUAACACCGGUAUUUUCAUUACCAUGAACCCUGGCUAUGCUGGACGAUCCAACCUUCCGGAUAACUUGAAGAAGCUCUUCAGGAGUGUCGCCAUGUCGAAGCCCGACAAGGAGCUCAUUGCCGAAGUCAUGUUAUUCUCCCAAGGUUUCAAGCAAGCAAAGCACCUCUCACAGCAGACUGUGCCGUUCUUCGACCAUUGUUCCACCCAAUUAUCUAAACAGGCUCAUUACGAUUUCGGUCUUCGUGCCCUGAAGAGUGUUCUGGUUAGCUCAGGAGGUCUUAAGCGUGCACGUAUCGCAAACACCGACGGGGAACUUGGUCCCGAUGAGAUUGUUGAACCACAGAUCAUUGUUCAGAGUCUCCGUGAAACCAUUGCUCCCAAAUUGGUUCGAGAGGAUGUUGCAACCAUGCUGCAGAUUCAGGAACAGGAUUUCGCAGGCGUCGAAUAUGUCCCAGCUAAUUACGAGAAGCUUACUGCUGCCGUUCGAGAAAUUGCCCAAGAACAACACUUCGUCGACAGCGAGAUGUGGAUCACAAAGGCUCUCCAACUCUACCAGAUCCAGAGCAUCCAUCACGGUGUUAUGAUGGUCGGCAAAUCGGGAGCCGGUAAAUCAUCAGCGUGGAAAAUUCUGCUUCAAGCCCUUCAACGCAUUGAAGGAGUUGACGGGGUUUCUCACAUCAUUGAUUCAAAGGUCAUGUCGAAAGAGGCGCUCUACGGUAACCUCGAUAGCACUACUAGGGAGUGGACCGAUGGUCUCUUUACUGGUAUCCUACGAAAGAUUGUGGACAACCUCCGUGGUGAGGACACUAAGCGACACUGGAUUGUGUUCGAUGGAGAUGUCGACCCAGAAUGGGUUGAGAACCUGAACAGUGUGCUUGACGACAACAAGCUGCUUACCCUACCGAACGGAGAACGAUUGAACUUGCCACCAAAUGUUCGCAUCAUGUUCGAAGUUGAGAGCCUCAAAUAUGCCACCCUGGCCACUGUCAGUCGUUGUGGUAUGGUUUGGUUCAAUGAGGAUACCGUGACGCCCUCAAUGAUCAUCACGAACUAUGUUGAAUCGCUUAAGACGAAGACUUUUGAGGACCUGGAUGAUGACAGUGCUCCUGCCGGCCAAAGUGCUGUCAAGACACAGGAUUGCCAAGAUAUGCUGUCAACUAUCCUCUCUCAGCUCCUGCAGACCGACGACCUCGUUCUUAAGACUCUUGCGGAAGCUAAGAAGUACAACCAUAUCAUGGAGUUCACUGAUAUCCGCGCUCUUAACACCCUGUUCAGUCUCGUGAACAAGGCUUGCCGGAAUGUCCUUGAGUACAAUAUCCAGCAUGUUGACUUCCCUCUGGAGUAUGAGCAAAUUGAGUCUUACAUCUCCAAGAAGGUUCUUCUUUCCCUUGUUUGGUCUUUCACUGGAGAUUGCCCCCUAGGAGACCGCAAGUCUUUCGGAGAGUUCGUGUCUGGCCUCACUACAAUUGAUCUGCCCAUUGAAACUGAUUCGUCUAUCAUCGAUUUCGACGUAACCCUUCCUAAGGGGGCUUGGUCAAGCUGGCAAUCUCAGGUGCCAACUAUUGAUGUCAACACCCAUUCCAUAACUCAGACCGAUGUGGUUAUUCCCACGGUGGAUACUGUUCGGCAUGAAGAUGUUCUCUACUCAUGGCUUGCAGAGCACAAGCCACUGCUACUCUGUGGUCCUCCAGGUUCCGGUAAAACCAUGACACUGUUCGCCGCGCUUCGCAAACUGCCUAACAUGGAGGUUGUUGGUCUCAACUUCUCCAGUGCAACGACUCCUGACCUUUUAAUCAAGACCUUCGAGCAGUACUGUGAAUACAAAAAGACGCUGAACGGCGUUAUCAUGUCUCCCAGUCAAAUCGGUCGCUGGUUGGUUAUUUUCUGCGAUGAAAUCAACUUGCCAGCACCUGACCGAUAUGGAACACAACGCGCAAUUUCCUUCCUGCGCCAGCUUGUUGAGCAAAAUGGCUUCUGGAGGACAUCUGACAAGACCUGGGUUACUCUUGACCGCAUUCAAUUCGUCGGCGCUUGCAAUCCUCCUACCGAUGCCGGUCGUACGGCUCUGGCCGAACGGUUCCUCCGUCACUCUCCUUUGGUCAUGGUGGAUUACCCUGGCGAAAUUUCGCUCAAUCAGAUCUACGGGACAUUCAACUCGGCCAUCCUCAAGAUUCUCCCGUUGUUGCGUGGUUAUUCCGAGUCAUUUACCAAGGCUAUGGUGCAGUUUUAUCUGGAGUCUCAGGCACGAUUUACUCCAAAGAUACAGCCCCACUACGUGUACUCUCCUCGUGAACUGACCCGAUGGGUUCGCGGUGUAUACGAGGCCAUUAAGCCACUUGAAAGCCUUUCAGUCGAAGGUCUCGUCCGCAUAUGGGCACACGAAGCUCUGCGGCUUUUCCAAGACCGUCUUGUCACCGAAGACGAGCGAGCCUGGACUGCGGAUGCUGUUCGACGAAUCGCGCUCGAAAAUUUCCCUACCAUUGACCAGGAGCAGGCACUGAAGGGUCCAAUACUUUUCUCUAAUUGGUUGUCGAGGAACUACGUUCCGGUUGAGCAAGAGCAACUACGUGAUUUUGUCAAAGCGCGUCUCAGGACAUUCUGCGAGGAAGAAGUUGAUGUUCCCCUCGUUCUGUUUAACGAUGUCUUGGAGCAUGCCCUGCGCAUUGAUCGUGUCUUCCGUCAGCCCCAAGGUCACCUUAUUCUUAUCGGUGUCAGCGGAAGUGGUAAAACAACACUGUCUCGCUUCGUUGCCUGGAUGAACGGUUUGAAGGUCUUCCAGAUCAAGGUACACGGCAAGUACUCUUCAGAAGAUUUCGAUGACGAUCUCCGAAGCGUCCUUCGCCGUGCCGGUUGCAAGGGAGAGAAGAUCUGCUUCAUCAUGGACGAGUCCAAUGUUCUGGAUUCCGGAUUCUUGGAACGUAUGAACACUCUACUAGCCAACGCCGAGGUUCCUGGUCUUUUCGAAGGGGAUGAGUUCUCUUCCCUUAUGACAGCAUGCAAAGAGGGUGCUCAGCGGCAGGGUCUCAUCCUUGACAGCCAAGAGGAACUCUAUAAGUGGUUCACCCAACAGAUUGUCAAGAACCUGCACGUCGUUUUCACCAUGAAUCCUCCUGAAGAAGGCCUUUCGUCGAAGGCCGCAACUAGUCCGGCGUUGUUCAACCGUUGCGUUCUUAAUUGGAUGGGAGACUGGUCUGACCAGGCCCUUUUCCAAGUUGGCUCCGAACUCACUCAGUCGGUUGACCUUGAUAAAGCCAACUUUGUUGCGCCAGACAGCAUACCAGUGGCGUACCGCGAGCUCAGCCUGCCAGCAUCACACCGUGACGCGGUUGUUAAUGCCAUGGUCUAUAUCCACUAUUCGCUCCAGCGAUUCAACCAGCGCCUACAGAAACAACAAGGAAAGACAACAUAUCUGACUCCCCGCCAUUACCUUGACUUUGUCGCCCAGUAUGUGAAACUGUUCAAUGAAAAACGCGAAGACCUAGAGGAGCAACAGAGGCACUUGAAUGUCGGUCUCGAGAAAUUGAGAGACACCGUCGAGAAAGUUAGCGAUUUGCGUGGCAGUCUAGCUCAGAAGAAGACGCAACUCGAGAAGAAAGACACGGAGGCGAAUGAAAAGUUGCAACGUAUGGUUGCAGACCAACGUGAGGCAGAGCAACGUAAAGCCGUGUCUCUCGAGGUGCAAGCCGCUUUGGAGAAACAGGAACAAGAAGUCGCUACGCGUAAAGAAGUCGUGUUGAACGACCUUGCGAGGGCUGAGCCUGCUGUCGAGGAAGCACAAAGGAGUGUCAGUAACAUUAAACGCCAGCACCUGACCGAAGUUCGUUCCAUGGGCAAUCCUCCAUCUGGUGUUAGACUUGCUUUGGAAGCUGUUUGCACUCUGCUUGGGCAUAAGGUUGAUAGCUGGAAGACAAUACAAGGAAUCGUUCGAAGAGACGAUUUCAUUGCCAGCAUCGUCAACUACGACAACGAAAAGCAGAUGACGAGGAACCACAGGGUGAAGAUGCAGAACGAGUUCUUUUCCAAGGAGGAUUUCACCUAUGAGAGAGUCAACAGGGCCAGUAAGGCCUGCGGCCCCUUGGUUCAGUGGGUCUCAGCACAGGUCAACUACUCUGAGAUCUUGGAUCGAGUUGGACCCCUGCGUGACGAGGUUGGUCAAUUAGAGCAACAAGCGCUUCAAACCAAAGAAGAAGCCCAAACCAUUGAAACAACGAUCAAGGAUCUUGAGAACAGUAUCGCCACCUACAAGGAUGAGUAUGCUGCUCUUAUUAGUGAAACGCAGGCAAUCAAGACGGAGAUGGAGAGAGUACAAUUCAAGGUCGACCGAAGUGUGCGCUUACUUGACAGCCUGGCUUCUGAGCGUACGCGAUGGGAGGAGGGAAGCAGGUCAUUCGAAACCCAAAUCAGCACACUGGUUGGCGACGUCCUCAUUGCUGCGGCCUUCCUCGCUUAUGCUGGCUUCUAUGACCAACAAUUCCGUAAGGCGAUGACGGAUGAUUGGGUCCAGCACCUGGUCCAAUCCGGCAUCACCUUGAAGCCACACAACCCUAUCACAGAAUAUCUGUCGAACGCGGAUGAACGUCUUGCCUGGCAAGCGCACUCCUUGCCGGUCGAUGAUCUUAGCACUGAGAACGCCAUCUUCCUGAAGCGCUACAACAGAUACCCGCUUAUCAUCGAUCCUUCGGGUCGUGUUACUGAAUUCUUGCAGAAGGAAAGCUCAGAGAGGAAACUCACGGUGACCAGCUUCCUUGAUGAUUCGUUUGUCAAACAACUUGAAAGUGCUCUCCGGUUCGGUAACCCGAUCCUUAUCCAAGAUGCCGAGCACUUGGAUCCCAUCCUCAACCACGUCCUCAACAAAGAGUACCAGAAAACCGGAGGACGUGUUCUCAUCCAGUUGGGCAAACAGGAGAUCGAUUUCUCGCCUUCCUUCAAGCUUUUCCUCUCGACAAGAGACCCGUCCGCAUCUUUCGCACCUGAUAUCUGCAGCAGGACCACAUUUGUCAACUUCACUAUCACGCAGAGCAGCUUGCAGAUCCAAUCGCUCAAUGAAGUCCUCAAAUCUGAACGAGACGACGUGGACAGCCGGCGUUCCGAUCUUGUCAAGGCCCAAGGAGAAUUCAAGGUUCAUCUUCGCCAGCUUGAGAAGCGUCUAUUGCAAGCCCUCAACGAGUCCCAAGGCAACAUUCUCGAUGACGACAACGUUAUCGAAACACUCGAGACUCUCAAGAAGGAGGCUGCAGAAAUUUCCAAGAAGAUGGCUGAGACCGAAGGUGUCAUGACAGAGGUGGAGGAGAUCACUCAACGUUACAGUAUCGUUGCACGCUCGUGCAGCGCAGUGUUCGCGGUUUUGGAACAGCUUCACCAUAUCAACCACUUCUACCAAUUCUCCCUCAAAUACUUCACCGACAUCUUUGACUCGGUUCUGCACGCCAACAAACACCUCGAAAAUUCAGGUCUUGAUAAAAAGCGAGAUUAUCUCGAGCGCAUUGACAUCAUUCUCCGAGAUCUCUUUAUCACCACCUAUCAACGGACCUCGUUGGGUGUCAUUCAAAAGGACCGCAUCACCCUGGCCAUGCUCUUGGCGCAGGCGGCUCCUUAUCCCAUGGACAAAGGCAUUAUUGACACUAUUCUGGAUGAAUCCACUGAAGGUAACGACUUGUCAGCCAAUCCCGAGGCCAAGGUCCAGGUGAUGAGCGGGUUUGCGAACAUGUCACUAUUCAAAUCUCAUCUCCCUGCAGUGACUGCAGAACAGUGGGAUCAAUUCUUGAGCGAAGAACUCGCGGAGAACUAUGUCCCAGCUGUUUGGGACGAGAAUACGUCGGAGCUCGACAAGCUACUCCGGUCUUUACUGCUUGUCAAAUUUUGCAGGAUGGACCGAUUUGUCCCGGCUGCUGAACGCUUUAUUGUUGCUGUCUUCGGCCGUGAGUUAUACGAAGGAAGCACUGACCUGCAGCACAUCGUGGGGCAAGUCACUGCCACUUCGCCAAUUUCCCUCAGCUCGAGCCCUGGAUUCGAUGCUAGUUACAAGGUCGACGCCCUUGUCGAGCGCACGCACGCGACUUGCGCGAACAUUGCUAUGGGUUCCAACGAAGGUCUUGAGAGUGCCGACAAAGCGAUCAGCAACGCGGCUUCCGCUGGAACUUGGGUUCUGGUCAAGAACGUACAUCUUGCGCCUUCGUGGCUGCAGAGUUUGGAGAAGCGCCUCGCCUCGCUCAAGCCUCAUAAGGACUUCAGACUUUUCCUCUCCAUGGAAUCCAGCCCCAAGAUUCCGGUCAAUCUAAUCCGCGCUUCUCGUGUGUUGAUGUACGAGCAGCCCGCUGGUGUACGCGCGAACAUGAAGGACUCCCUGUCUUCGUUGUCUACUCGCGCUAGCAAGGCUCCUGUUGAGAAGGCUCGCGUGUAUCUUCUGCUCUGCUUCUUGCAUGCUGUUGUUCAAGAGAGACUGCGGUAUGCGCCCAGUCUUGGCUGGAAGGGCUUCUGGGAGUUCAAUGAUAGUGACUACGAAUGCUCAGCAUACAUUAUCGACUACUGGGUUGAUACCAUUGCCCAAGGCCGAUCCAACGUCGCACCCCAGAAGCUCCCAUGGGACAUGAUCCGCACAUUGAUAACCGAAAUGUACGGUGGAAAGGUGGAUGACGGCGAAGACUUCCAACAGCUGGAGCGCCUGGUGAAUAGCUUCCUCACCCCAGCCGCCUUCGAGGACGAAUACAAGCUCGUUUCUGGCGUCGAGAAUGAUGAGUGCUUGACGCUACCAGGGGAAACUGGCCUCCAGAACUUCGUGCAAUGGGUCAACAACCUUCCAGAGAGAGAGCCACCGACCUACCUUGGACUUCCGGCAAAUGCAGAGAAGCUUCUGCUUGUUGGGCAUGGCAAGAAGAUGAUCUCGGACCUGUCCAAGGUGACAUCGUUGUUGGAUGAGGGGGAGCAACUUAUGAUUGAAGCUUAG